AUGACUGUGGUGGAAGAGCCAUCAGUUCGGAAUGGUGCUUGGUGGACUUUCUGCGCAGGGAGCUUCACAUGCUUCCUCACUGGACUCACCUACACCUUCGGGGUGUGGAGCCCUGCGGUGAAGACGGCUUACGGUUACUCGCAGGCUGAGCUGGACACGCUGGCGCUGGCAAAGGACCUCGGCAACUUCAUCUGCAUGGAUGCAGGUCUCGUGACCAACCGCUAUGGAGCGCACGUCUCGGUGGCGGGCGGCUCACUCGUCCUGACUCUGUCGUGCAUUGCCAUCUACCUUGCCAUCGGCAGUGGAAGUGUGCCAUUUCCUUUCAUGAUCAUCCUCUUCGGCCUUUUCGGCCACAGCAUGGGAUACUGCGACAAUGCGGGUAUCUCGACCAGCGUCAAGAAUUUCCCGGAGCACAAAGGCAGCGCGGUAGGCCUGAUGAAGGCGAUGGAAGGACUGACUGCAGCCGUUGUCGGCACAGUCUUCUACAGCAUCUCCUCGGACGAAGACCUUGAAGCCUUUCCCCUCUGCAUGGCUUUCUUGGCCUUGGGCGUGGGGGUCUGCAGCGCACCUGCCAUUGCCUUCACGAACAGCCUCGCCAAGGAAGAUGCCAACACAGUGUCCAAGAAGUUCUCUUGUUUGACCGUGGCGCUGCUGGCGUACACUGCCCUUUGUGCAGUGGUUGCGUAUAACAAAGCGUAUACGCUGCCGGUGGCUUUGGUUGUUGCCCUUCUGCCGUGUGGCCUCUUCCUUCUUGCUUGCCGCGGCCGCGAUGCUGAGUCCACUGGCAAUGCUGUGACAAACAUCGAACGACCAAAUGUGUCCGCAUGCAAGAUGCUCCACUCCCUGGACUUCUACCUCCUGUACUUCACUUUCGUCUCGCUCCAGGGUUCGGGCAUCAUGUUUUCCAACAACUUUGGUCAGAUCGUCAAAUCUGUUUGUGGCAACCCGGCGGCCUCCAGCGGCAUUUAUGUGUCGAUUUUCUCGAUUUUCAACACCUUCGGGCGCGUCUUCAUAGGGUUCGGCUCCGAGUCCUUGAAAGGGACCUUGAACCGACCUUGGUUCCUCGUCGGCUCUUCUGCCCUUAUGUCGCUGGGCCUGGCGGUUCUGGAGAUGGGAGAGGAUUUCCUGGGUUUCAGCGCUGGGGCCGUCGGCUUUGCUCUCGGCGGGACCUUUGCGCUGCAAGCGGUGGUGACAGAGGAGAUCUUCGGUCCAGAGGAGAUGCCGGUGAAGUACAGCUACACUUUCACUGCAGCAUCUGUGGGCUCCUUGCUGUUGAGUGACCUUCUUGCUGGCGUGCUCUACGAUGAAGAAGCCCGUCGCCAAGGUCAGCCGAUCUGCCUUGGCGGCAGCUGCUUCGGCGUCACGUUUGUAGUGACUUCGCUUUGCUGCGCGGUUGCAGCACUGUCCGUUGCGACUGUGGCCAUCCGCUCGCGUGGAACGUAUGCCCGGCUCCAACUGCGGCGACCUCUCCUUGCUGGCACGGAAGCUGCUCUUCUUUGA